UGGGCUUUAGCCCUGGGCGCAGAGGUUUCUGGGAGCCAAGAGUUAUAAUGGCGUCUGUAUGAUCUCCUGAGGCAACUGCAUCAGAGCGCGGCCAAAGUGAGCAGCAGCAGGAAAGCAGACUCAUAAAAGAUGACAACAGCAGCUAGGCCAACUUUUGAACCUGCAAGAGGGGGGAGAGGAAAAGGAGAAGGUGAUUUGAGCCAACUCUCAAAGCAAUAUUCAAGCAGAGACCUACCCUCUCAUACAAAGAUAAAAUAUAGACAGACCACUCAGGAUGCCCCUGAAGAAGUUCGGAACCGUGACUUCAGGAGAGAGUUGGAAGAGAGAGAGAGAGCUGCUGCAAGAGAAAAAAACAGAGACCGGCCAACCCGAGAACAUACAACCUCCUCUUCAGUGUCAAAGAAGCCUCGGUUGGACCAGAUUCCCGCUGCCAACCUCGAUGCAGACGACCCUCUAACAGAUGAGGAAGAUGAAGAUGAAGAUUUUGAAGAGGAGAGUGAUGAUGAUGAUACUGCAGCUCUUCUUGCAGAGCUGGAAAAAAUUAAAAAAGAAAGAGCUGAAGAGCAGGCCAGGAAGGAACAAGAACAAAAGGCUGAAGAAGAAAGGAUUCGUAUGGAAAACAUUCUGAGUGGAAACCCUCUCCUUAAUCUCACUGGCCCAUCCCAGCCUCAGGCCAACUUCAAAGUUAAAAGAAGGUGGGAUGAUGAUGUUGUUUUCAAGAACUGUGCAAAAGGUGUAGAUGAUCAGAAGAAAGACAAAAGAUUUGUAAAUGAUACGCUGCGAUCUGAAUUUCACAAAAAGUUCAUGGAGAAAUAUAUUAAAUAGUACAGUUUUAUGUGCUUACUUAAAGGCUAUAAAAUGUAAACGAUAUGACUUUAUUUUGGUUUUUUUGUUUUUCUCUUCCCCCCUCCCCCAGUCUAAAUUGUGUAUAGGCUUCCCUAAUUUUAAGUUCCAAAAUAUCUUUUCCUUUAUUGAUUCCUAACUUGAUAAGGACUGGGAAUUGGUUUAACCAAUUGCCAUCUCAAUAUUUCCAGUCAUAUGUUUUUCUUUUGAAUAUGGGAAAAGGAAUCUGCUUGUAAUAAAUAUUUUUAAUAAUCUGUGUCAAAUCUGUGUCCCCACCUUUUUUGUU